AAGAGUACCGGUAUCAGAAACUGUGACAGUGCUGGAAGGAGCCUCACUGACAAUAAUCUGCUCAGUAAAAAGGAAGGAGGCAGCUUCUGUGACCUGGAUGAAGGAAGGACAUAAUGUUACAAGUAACAAGACUGGACAAGGGCUGGAGCUCCAUCUGACAGACGUGAAGAAUAGUGAUAAUGACACAUAUUACUGCAUGGCAGAGAAUGAUUACGGGAGAAUUAACAAAAGUGUAACUUUAGCUGUACAAUACCCGCCUAGAAAACCAAACGUCACAAUUGUCACGCCCGAAGGUGAAACACUUGAAGAAAAUCAGUCUGUAGUUAUGAGGGAAGAAGAAUCUCUGACUCUGAACUGCUCUGUGGAUGGUAAACCGAAAGCUCUUGUGCGCUGGAUAAAGGAAGGCGGUGAUGAAGUCUCAAGCAAAACACUUGGUGAAGGAUGGGCGCAAUCACUGGUCAACAUAACACCCUCAGGGGCAGACACCUACAGAUGCUUAGCAUGGAAUAAGCAUGGCGCCAUUGAAAAACGUACCCAAAUCAUUAGCGCAUAUGGAACUACAAAAUAUACUACAGAUCCUAGCACCAGUGAUAUUACAUCCAAAAUCCGUGAUAUAAUGAUCGGAAUGAUAUGUGGAAUCAGCAUUGUUCUCGCUGCCCUUCUUUUGUUGAAAUUAUUUACAAAGAAGCGGAAAGCACAAUCUGAUCCCAGGGAAGGACCAGAUGCAAUAGAUGAUCCCAGCCAGUUGUACAUGAAUGUCAUGAAAAUUCCAGAAAGGUCUCAGGAGGACAAUGAUACAAGCACACAAGUGGAUUCAAAGAACAUGACAGCUGCCCAAGAGGAGCUGCAUUACUCCACCAUAACCUUCACCGCUGCUCCUUCCAGAAUCUCCUCCAGCCAACCAAACACGGACUAUGCAGAGAUAAAGCUGAAACAGAGCCAGGAACCCACCACUCACAAUGGUUGAUGCAGAGUUGAACAUCUGCCUGUUUGCGGAGCGCAUCGCUUGGGCUUUUGCUCUGCACAUGCGCCAAAGGCUGAGCUGCACAAGUAUGGGUGAUGCAGAGCCAUAAACAUUUCUAUCACAUUGACAUUUACUACCAAAGAAGAGCAACUGGACUGUAACAGGGCGUUUACUUUUCAUGUAAGCAAGGUUUAGUGAGGGCGUGCCUACAGAACUGCAGGCUAUGCAGAUGCCUACAGAACUGCAGGCUAUGCAGACCCAGAUGUGCUGUAAGUCUGCCCUGGCGAUGGCGAUAAAUGUAGGAAACCAAUAAUGCACAUACUGUAGUGGGGGAACGUACCGCAAGAUGCCUACAGCUCUGCAUGUGGCCGAUUAAACACAUACGUUCCAUGCACUUAGUUUGGAAGAAACAUAUACCCAAAUUUAAUUCAACACUGCAUCAGUCCUAUAGUCCUUCUCCUCCGUCAUUCAGGAUUGACUCAUAUACUGUACUGUGCAUGCCUUCAGUUCUUGGGUGGUAUCCAAUUAGCCGCGAUCAUUUAAUGGAUCAUCUAAUGGAUUCGCCAGGCUAUCAAAUUAGCCCCAAUACCCAGCACUUAUUGAGAAUUAUGUGCAUGAAGCUUAAUCCAUGAUGACCUGGGAAUUUAUCCUGGAUUCCAUUAUUGGCCGGAUAUGGGACAUUUUUCUGCCGAUAAAAACGGGCUAUAAUUAGAUAGCCUGAAAAAUGACCAUCGGGCUAAAAUCUCGAUAAUAGCCUGUUUUUAUCAGCCAAAACCUUAGCGCACUUAAUUGGAUACCCCCCUUUGUGACAGAACCUACUACCUUAUAUUACUGUACAGUAUUCAAUUUCUAAAUGAGGAACAUACUUUAAAAUGAUAUACAGUACUGUAUGUGUACUCCUACCUUUUUGUGUCACAUGACACAAGGCACCUGAUGCGACUUAGGGACAAAUUCAGACCUGAUCGCGGUUGUGCGAUAUCACACAGCGGACGAUUAUUGAAUGACUGCACAUGCGUAUGAACUGUAAUGCGCAGGCGUGAGGCCAAACGCAGACUGAUUGACAGGAAGAGAACGUUUGUGGGUGGUAACUGGCAGUUUUCUGGUAGUGUCAGGAAUAAUGCAGGCGUUCCGGAGCCUGAGCGUUUUCAUGGCGGGUGUGUGACGUCAGCUCCGGCCUGAUCAGCCUGAUUCUAUAGCACUGUAGGAGUAAGUCCUGGGCUACAAACAGACUGCCCAGACUGGAAAAACCAUUAGAUGGUGAGUGAGUUGCAAACGGAUUUGCAGCUGACCGGCGUUUGCAAAGCUUUUCGCACGGCGUAUGCAGACUUGCACAGGCGGGUUUUUUACUCUGUCUGGGCAAUGACUAUCCGAUCGCAAACCUCUGCAAAUUCACAGAAGAGCGAUCAGGUCUGAAUUAGACCCUUAGACAAUCCGCCAUGGUUACCGAUUCCUGAACUUUCAUACUUUUUCAUUGUAGUGCCCUAGGCACUUAGGAUUAGUAUUUUUGUCACAUUGUCACAGGAAUUGGUAUAGAGUUGCAGGUGAAGCCCAAUAACGCGUAGAACGAUGCCUGGUGCAUCUCAUUUGUCAUGGACCCCAGUCUUUUGCCUUUUUACCCAUUUUAAUGUCGGUAUCUGGACUCUGGGUCGACACCACUUAGGUCAACACCCACUACGUCGACAUCCAUUGGUCAACAGUGAUUAGGUUGACACUAGAAAUAGGUCAACACGACCAUUAGGUCGACCUGAACAAUGUCGACAUGCAAAAAAAAGUCGACGCGAGUUUUCCACUUUUUUUCUCCUUUUUUAACUUUUUCAUAAUUUACGAUCAACGUGGACUAUGAUUGGGAACGGUAACUCGCCAUGCGAGGGAGCAUGGUGCACUAAUUGGGGUUCCCGGUCACUUUACGAAGAAAACGGCAGAAAAAAACCUUGAAAUACUCAUGUCAACCUUUUUACAUGUCGAUCUUGUUCAUGUCGACCUAUUUCUAAUGUUGACCUAGUCACUGUUGGGUGUUGACCUAGACACUGCCGACCCUGAGUCCCAUACCCGUUAAUGUCUUAGUCGGGCAUAUCAGCUGCAUGCGAUGUCUGCGCCACUUUUGUUGCAGAACUGAUGCAAAUAGGAUGUAUAUUUUGUGAAAAAGUGUGUGGGGGACACAUAGGGGGUCAUUCCGACCUGAUCGCUCCCUGCAGUUUAUCAGAGCGCAGCGAUCGGGUCGGAAUUGCGCAUGCACCGGCGCAGCAGUGCGCCGGCGCAUGCCGGAUGGCCGAAGGCCGACGUUCAGUAGCGAUCGCCUCUGCCUGAUUGACAGGCAGAGGCGGUCGCAAGCUGCCGUUAAGGGGGCACGGCUCAACCAACAUAGGCGUGGCCGGACCGUUUGGGGGGUGGGCCUCGGCGGCUGCGUGACAUCUCACCCGGCUGCUGCGGCCAGUGGCAGCGACAAGUAACUCCCGGCCAGCUGCAGGAGCUGCGCUGGCCGGGAGUUACUCCUCAAAUACAAAAGCAUCGCCGCUGUGCGAUGCUUUUGUAUUUGUGCGGGGAAGGGGGGGGGCGGCACUGACAUGCAGGGUGGACUAGCCCUGUGCUGGGCGUCCCCCCGCAUGUCAGGGAAGAUGAUCGCAGCAGCACAGCUACGACCAACUCGGAAUAACCCCUAUGGUGCAGCUUAGUCACAAAGUCCCUCCCACGCCCAAUGGGGCAAUUUGUGCGAUUUGAGGACAGUCGUAUGUGCACACAUCUCUAUUGAAUUAAUGAGUUUUCCAACAUGUCGAGGUCAUUUUGACAAUACAGCCGCUAGUUUUAAAGAAGUCAUUUGUUUUAAAUCAAAAACCAAACUGGUUUUAAAUAAAUAAAACAAUUGAUGCUUUAAAUCUAGCGC